AUGUUUAAAAAACUGGCCAAGCAACUUACCCAAGAAAUGGAUUCUGAUGGGAAACUGAUUCCUGUGAGCAGCCUGGCACAAAAUGAUGGCUUUCAACUUCUCUCUUUGGUGACUAAAAAGCCAUCUAGAUGGCCUUGGAACAGUAGGAAAUAUUCCCCAGUCUCUUUCAAACUGACAGACAUACUCCAAGAAGAAGCAAUAACGGAAAUAGAGCUGAAACAUUCUGAGCCACUUUUGUUUUCUGCUAAUACAUGCCACAAAUCUGGAGGACAGCUGAACUUUAAGAUGCGGUCUACAGAAGUAGAUGUUGGUGGAUUGGCCUUAGCUUGCUUGAAUGCCUCUCCAGUACAUCUCCAAAAAACCUAUGUGGACUCAGGAGAGUUGUGGAAGAGAGAUUUCUCUCCCAGCGUUGUUCAGCAAAUCUACCCUAAACUCCAUUUGUACAUUGUGACAGAGGUUUUGGAAAUAACGGAGCCCUUUCUCAUUGAAGAGUCUGUCCAGGCAGGUGGCAAGGGGAAAGUUUCUGCAGUGAACAUACUUAAAAUCCAG